AUAUUUUAAUUUGAAAUGUACAAAAUAUAUGUUGUAGAGGUAGUAUUUCUUUUAAUAAUCAUAUUUUAUGCGAAUUCUGAAACAUCAAGUGGAUUUUACAUAGACAAUGGUUUCAAUCAAACAGUUUUAUAUAAAGCUUUUAAUUACAAGCAGAAACGAGAAAUCGAACGCGAAUUGUUAAAUAUUCUGGAAUUACCUGAGAAACCAAAUAGAAUCACGCAUAGAGCUUUACUCAUAAAGAGGUCUGCACCUAAAUUUCUAUUGAAUAUUUACAAAAAUGUAUUGUCCAGUGAUAGAGACACGUCAAUUCAAGAAGAGUUUAAUUUAAAUGAUCAUUACAUUAAUGUUAUUGACCAGAGUGAUUUUAUAAUGACAUUUGGUGCUCAUAAUCCAUACUCAGGUAAUGCAUCUAAAACUAAUCGUGGUAAAAGAAUUUGGUUCGAUGUGUCGGAAGUACCGCGGGAGGAAUAUAUCAUUGCAGCUGAACUAAGAUUAUAUCAAAGCUUGCAUGAAAAUAUUGGAUUCAAUGAAACUUACACAGUGGCAGUAUAUAGAGUGGCACGAACAAAAAGUGGAGGACGAAUUAAACAUUUUAUUGACUCAGCAAAUACUGUAACUGGAAAGGAAGAUUGGAUAACUUUAAAUAUUAAUGAAGCUCUUGAACAUUGGAUCAAAUACCCAAAAGAAAAUCGAGGAUUAUUCUUAGCAGUAUAUCAUGAUAACUAUACUGGUCAUAUUAUGAGACCAGAUGACAUAGGAAUUGUAGGUGUUUUAGGAAUCCCAGAUAAGCAACCAUUUAUGGUGGGAUUUUUCAAAAAUAGUGGUAAUCGCAGUAAACGUGAAGUAAUCUUUAAACAGAAAAAAGAUACUGUACUUGAAAAACAACAUUUUACUAAAGUUCAAAAUCCUUAUGUUGAUUCUGUAACAAGAAAGAGAAGAGAACAAAUAUGCAGCAUGAAAACACUUUAUGUAAGUUUCAAAGAUCUUCAAUGGCAGGAUUGGAUUAUAGCACCAGAAGGAUAUAAUGCUUAUUAUUGCAGUGGGGAGUGUAGUUUUCCACUGAACAUUCGUAUGAACGCGACUAAUCAUGCUAUUGUACAAACUUUAGUUCAUCUUAUGAAACCAAAUGAGAUACCAAAACCAUGUUGUGCACCUUCAAAACUAUCACCAAUAUCGGUACUUUAUUUUCUUGAUGACAGUAAUGUUGUAUUAAGAAAAUACAAAAAUAUGGUCAUUAACAGCUGUGGUUGUCAUUAAAAAAUUUUUGAAUAAGAAUCCUUAUGAGUUUUAAACAUUGACUUUUUAAAAGACACAAGAAUCUCUACAAGAUUUUCUUACUUAGUAUAACAGUG